UACAUUCAAUUUUUAUAUCUUUCUUUUUAUUGUAUUUAAUGGAAAAUUGCAUAAUUAUUAUAUUAAAAUUAUAAAUAAAUAUUUAUCUCCCAUUAUAGCUAUUAAAGAAUACCAUUCGAGAUUUUAACCUGUCACAUCUCGUUCCAUUCGAUCACACAUCCAAUCUCGAGAAGCGAGAAAUUACAAAAUUUCGGUCAAUUUAUUUUCUAAAUUAUGAAGGAACGCCGCGAAGUAGAUGCAAAAUGGAGCCUAUCAGCUCGUCACACUUUAGCCCUCAUAGGGUUCCUAGGGUUUGUUACCGUUUACGCCUUGAGGGCUAACCUCAGCGUGGCCAUCGUAGCGAUGAGCAACAGCACCCACGCAAAAGAUUCCCACAAAAUUUCCAAAUGCAAGGUGAAGGAAACAGCUCACGUGACACAAAAAGUUAGACCCGAUAUAAAGCUAGGAGAAUUCAAUUGGGACAGCUUGAUACAGGGUUAUAUUUUAGCCGGUUUUUUUUACGGCUACAUAUUCACCCAAAUUCCUGGCGGAUGGUUAGCCUCUUAUAGCGCGAAGUAUACCCUAGGUCUCGGGGUAUUCUGGACCGCCUUUUUAACCCUCUUCACCGCGAUGGCGGCCCGCAUGAGUCCAUACGGCCUUCUCGUUCUCAGGGUGCUGGAAGGAUUGGGAGAGGGUGUGACCUUUCCCGCCAUGCACGCCUUGUGGGCUAAAUGGGCUCCGCCUCAAGAGAGAAGUAAAUUGGUCGCCUUCACUUACGCGGGAGCUCCUAUGGGUAACGUUAUAGCGUAUCCGCUCUCGGGUUGGCUCUGUCAACACGGAUUUGCCGGCGGAUGGCCAUCGGUCUUCUACGUUAUGGGGUUGCUGGGAUGCAUAUGGUACAUCUUUUGGCAAUUUUUCGUUUACGAAACGCCCGCUAAACAUCCCCGCAUCUCCAAGGCGGAACUGGCAUAUCUGCAAGAAAAUAUAUCGUAUCAGGACGAAAAGCUACCCAUUCCUUGGCUGAAGAUCUUCGGUUCCAUUCGCUUCUGGGCCAUAGCCGCCGCUCAUUUUAGCUACAAUUGGGGAUUUUACACCAUGAUAACCAUCUUGCCAAAGUUCUUUAGGGACGUCUUGAAUUUGAACGUGGAAUCAAACGGACUUUAUAGCGCUUUGCCAUUUUUAGCGCAGUGGGCCAUGAUAGGCUUAUCGGGAGCUGCCGCGGAUUUUCUAACCAAGAAGGGGAUGAGCAUCACUCUCGUUAGAAGGAUAUUUAAUACUUGUGGUUUAGUUAUCCCGGCUUGCUUUCUCAUAGGUGUAGGUUACGUCGAAUGCAACGUUCCGCUUGCUAUAAGUCUCUUAACGAUAGGCGUGGGAUUUACAGGUAUGGCUCAUGUCGGGUUUUUCGUGAGCCAUUUGGAUAUAGCUCCUCCUUUUGCCGGAAUGUUGAUGAGCCUGACUAACACUAUAGCAACUAUCCCGGGUGCCGUUGCCCCGUCCGUGGCCGCCGCCAUUACCAGAGUGCACUCAGAUGCCGAACACUGGCGCAUAGUAUUCUUCAUAGCUGCCAUGGUUUACAUUGCUGGAGCCGUGUUUUACUUCUUCUUCAUAUCGGGCGAGGAGCAGUCUUGGGCCAGGGCCCCUAAGGACAGAAACGUGUCUCCUAACACCAAGCCCGGUGCCCUCACCAAAAAAGGCAAUCCGGAGAUUACCGUCGGACCUGGGGCUAAAGGCUACGCUCCGGUGAGUACCACGUCUUCCCCGAGCGAUAACGACACCGAGUUGCGGAAUUUGUAGAUGCGGGAAGGGGAGAAAAGAAACGGAAGCUGCUUUCGUGUAUGUAGGGUGACAAAAAAAUUCGGAAAA